CGGCGGAGCCCCGGCUCGGCCUAUGACAGCAGGAACCCGCCGCCGCGGCCGCCGCCGUCUCUGCCGCCCCCCGCCGCCGCCCCGGCAGCGCCCCGGGCCGCGGCUCUCGCCUUGCAGCGGCCGCCAGGACGCUGUCAUGCAGGACCCUACCCCGGAGCGCGCCGAGGAGAGCCGGGCGGCGGCGGCGGAGGGCGGCGGCGGCGGGGCCUCCUGGCUGCAGAAGGUGUUCGAGGAGGUGCGGGGCUCCUCGCAGCUGAGCGUGGCGCCCGCGGAGCCGCCGGCGGUGACGGUGGUGGCGGUGGAGCGGUACCUGGCGCAGGCCCCUCCGCCCCCGGCCGCCCCCCCGGCCCCUCAGUACUGGUACGACGUGACGCUCGCGGACGGCGCGCGCCGGCAGCGCUGCCACCUCGCGCCGCGCCUCAACGGGCUCGUGCAGCGCGCGCGCCUGCGGGCGGGCGCGCGCCUGCGCCUCACGCGCUGCUCGUACCGCUACGACGAGAAGCGGCUGAACCGCGGGUUCCUCUGCCUGGAGGGGCUGGAGCGGGCGGGGGGGCCGGGAGACACCGCCGCCACCGCGGGGACCCCGCCCGACGGCACCCGCCCGCUCCAGCCCCUCCGCGGCGAGAACAGGCACUACCUGCCGCUCUGGAACAACGAGGAUCCCUAUGGAGACGUGUGGAUGCCCGACAGACCCCCGGCGCAGGUGGAUGUGGACGUCUCCAAGCUGACUAAUCUUGGUCAUCUGGAAAUGACAUGGAGAAGCAGAGUGCGCUUCCAUCCACUCCUUGUGAGAAUCCUGCACAAAUCUAGACUAAGGUACUACGGAAAACCAGAGAAAGCAAUGGAUAUGCCUUAUCAGGCUUAUUUUGAAGUUGCUGAUGGUUCAGGCAUGACGUCAAUGGUUUUGUGGAGUUCACUGUGUCCUGAGUGGUAUAACAGCAUGAAGGUUGGCACAGUCCUUCUCCUCGAACAGUACGCCAUCAAAGACAGUUACCCGUUUAAAACACAGCCAACACCGGGGGAUUCACAGAUGAAGAGAUUUGCUACAAUUGAAAUUAGCCUUAAUGAUCGAAAUCCUCCUACUAAAAUAAGCAUUAUUCCAGAAGAAAUGGUUAAGCCAGAAUGGGGAUUACCUGAAGUUAAAUAUCGGUUUAUCACAAGGUCAGAACUGGAUGACUUACCGCACAAUUAUUCCUGUGAUGUUAUUGGUCUUGUGACAUUUGUAGGAAGGGCUGAACGAGCCAGAAAAAGAGAACACUGUGAAGACUUCUGGCUCUAUCGUUGGGCACAUGCCAUUGAUGGGACCUCAGACCAACCCUUCAUACUGGAAUUAUUUGCAACUUCUCAGCCAGACGUGUUUGAGCGUAUUCACCCAAUGACAUACUUGGUGUGCACACAGAUGAGAGUAGUCCGGGACCUCACUGAGAAUCCUUCCAGCACAAUUUACCUCACGACUUCAAAUGAAAGUCAAAUAUUCAUUACAGGGUGGCACAAGGGUCAGCCAUACACUAAGGACACCAAAGUGAAAAAUUUCAUUCAAUGGAUGAAAUCACAAAGUGAAGCUGAUCAAAUGAAGAAAACUGUCAUUGGUGGCUAUUACCCUUUUCCACGACCUCCAGAUAACUUUUCAGAUUAUUGUAAAAGCAAUAAAGUUGAAUCAGUUUUGAAGACCAUAAGUGAAACAGGGAAAGAGAUUGAAGAUUUGCACUACAGAGAACACAAGCGCGUUGCUGUUCAGGGAAUAAUUUGUGCCAUAAAAUACAUCAGCUGUAGCAGCACAGCUGAAGAAGUUUCAGGAGUGGAACUUGUUCAGAAGGACUCUUCUCAGUCUCUUGAAAGUUCUGCUGUUUCCAAAGAAGACUGUGUUGACAAGGGAAAAAAUACCAGCCUUCAAAAUGAAGAAGUUAAGUCUUUUCUGGGUCCACAUUGCUCUACUGGGGAACAACAUCAGCACCAAGCUCUGCUGCCAAAGGAGGGUUCAGUCAAGAGAAAGAUACGCAGAUUAAAUAGAGAUGCAGAACAGGGAAGUACAUCUGUUAUUCCUGUAUCAUCUUGCCCCUAUUUUACACGAUCUGCAAGAAGAAAAUUUAGGUUGGAUGAAUAUCAACAUGGAGAUAUUGUGCAAGAUAAAAAUGGACAGGCUGUAUCAGCCAGUUUGCAGUACUGCACAGACCGAGAAGGAAUGAGUGAUAUACCUGAAACUGAAGAGACUAGAAGAACUUGUGAUUCCUGGCAGAGUGACCUGUGGACACAAGUGAAAGACAAAUUAAUGAAAUAUUUGCAUCACAGCAAAAUUUUCCCUGAAAGUAUCCCGCGUAAAUUUGAUUAUGUGUACAGAGACUUACUUAUGCAACAGUACAACCUGCAUGCAGCAGUGCACCAGCCAAAAGAAACCACAGCAGAAAAAAGUAUUGAUGAGUUUAAAAGUGCUAGUGGCCUUGGGCACUAUGAAGUGACAGUUCUGGGUAUAAACCACGAUGUAGCAAUAGAUGUUGCAUUUCUCCCUCUGUUUUGUCCUGAAGAUCCCCACUUAUUUCAACUGGAAGAGAUUCAAAAUGACACAUUAUUGUCUUGUAUGAGCUGCAUCUCUGCACAUCAGCAGAAGGCCACUAGCAAUGGGAGGCCUUGUGACAUGUUUUCUCUUUCAGAUGAAAUUGUAAAAGCUGCAAAGGAUCUCGAUGGCAAACAUGUUGUCUGCAUCUUGGACAUCUGUCACUUGGGCGAUGACAAGGUGGAAGUCUUUCUGAGCAAAAUCUACAAGACAGAGGAACCAGGUGUGCUGGAUCCAGUAUAAUUUAAUAACUUAUUUUUCAAAUUUAUAUUGUUCAAAAGAAGGGAAAUAAAAUUUCUGUAACUUGAACGCACCCUAUACACAUUGCACUUUUCUAGAACUAGCAGGCACAAAUAUAAAAUUAUGAUUCUUGGGGCAGUUGUAGUGGUCAUCCAUGGAACUGGCAAGGACAAUUGUUGCCUUUAUUUUUCAGUCUUGAAACAUGGUGCCUUUAGUACCGUAAUGCAAGAAACUACUUUGCUCUUUUUGCCUUAGCAAAGGCAGCUCCUAUGUUUUUAUAUGUCUGCUUUUGUACAUAGUGUUGGGUAGCGAGUAUAGCACCCAAACACUUUUAAGUAUUUUAUUCAUUAAUCAAGAAGUAGUGAAAUAUUUGUUAAAACGAAUUUUUUUUACUGGAACUUGCUACUAGCUUUGCAAGAGAAAAACUGUCUUUAAGGAGUGGUAAACAUGGCAGCAUGCACAGUUUGUCACACCACUUAUAGCUGUAUUCUGAGUACAUGAAGGAGUUCAGCACCUGCAAGAAGCUGCUACUUCCACCAGAGCAAGACACUGUAAAAUUCUUUUUUGCCUGUGUACUAGGUAGCAGCUGGCUCCUGCUGAGUUCAGAAUCAAGUAGCACUUUUUCCUCCCAUGAUAAACAGCCUCAGUUCUCAUCCAGAACUGGAAAUUAUUCUCAAGCAGGAGUUUAUUGGAAGUUGACUACUUUUCCCUUUGAAAUGCUGGUCUCAUUCAAUUCUUUAAGAAGAAAUAAUUGCAUUAUGGAAGCUUGCCAGUUCAAUUGUACCAUUAUUGACCAAAGCCCACAGAGUUAAUUUAUAGGAACAGACAUAUUCUUUUGUGGAAAACUUCUAGGCAUAUUUUAGCAGCCUGUUGGUGAUUGGGGAUUAUCUCUGUGAACCAGUAGCUUACUUGUCUGCCCUGAGGACAGUGGACUUUGCCCUCAAGUCUGUGCCCUAUUUUCAGUUAAUGGUACUUUGAAGGAGACCCAUUACUGAUUUUAUUAUAUAUAAGUUCACAGGCAACUUCAAAUU